AGGGGAACAUGGAGGAGCCGGCGAUCGGUUGGCGAUGGUCGAUGGGAAGCGCGCGAUAUGCGAUGGGUUGCCUUCUCUGUCUUGUGGUGGUGAUGAGCGAUCUCGAURUCGCGUCAAAGGCGCGUAUGACUGCAGUUGCUCAGGCUUCGCCGCGAACUGGCACGCGGGUGUGCAUUCGAGGAGAAGUGGAAUGCAAGUCCGGGAGACGAAGGUGCAUCCCGGAGUUCAGUUUUUGCGAUGGAAAGAAAGACUGCGAUGAUGGCUCCGAUGAAGGAGAUCACUGUGUGGAGUUCGACUGCGGGCCUCUCCGAGGAAAAUGUCCCAGCAAACGGAUGUGCACUGCCAAACAAACAUGGUCAGCACCGCCGGAUGAUGAAGACAUUUACCAUCCGUUUGAAUGGUACCUGUGCAAUGGAGUCGUCGACUGCUAUGAUGGAAGCGAUGAGAAAAAGGACUACUGCAAGUCUUUCAACUGCACUGUGUACGGGGGGGCGUACGCUAUGAAAUGCCCGAACGGGGUUGAAUGCUUGUGGACGGAGACAGAUGACAGCUCAGAUGACCCUGAGCACAAGUUCUGCGAUGGCAUUCCGGACUGCAAAGAUGGAGGUGACGAGGCUGGGUGGUAUUGCAAAAACCGUCUCUGCUCCACUCAGGGCGGAGACGAAGAGUUUGCAAGGAAGGCCUACUUCCGCUGCGAUGGAGGGCGAUGUGUGCGCAACGAAGCCUUUUGCAAUGGAACGAAGGAGUGCCGAGAUGGCUCGGACGAAAAGAAUUGCCAAUCCAAACCUUGUCCAGAGGGAUUCAGGAAGUGCAAGGACGGUCGGACUUGCCGUGCUGCAGACCUAUUCUGCGACGGCAAACGCGACUGCCCGGAUGGAUCUGACGAAAGCCUGCAAACAUGUGGGUGUCGGGACCUGACGCAGCGGCUCUGUGCUGACAAUAAGACCUGUGUUGCCAGAACGAAGUUCUGCGAUGGGAGACAGGAUUGCCCUGACGGCUCRGAUGAAACUUCCGAAUUUGCUGGCUGCCAAUAUGAGAAGUCGUGCAAUGCCAGCAACGRCCAGUACCAGUGCCCGACGGGGCCAUUGCAGUACUCGUGUCUUUCCAGAUYCCAAUUUUGCGAUGGCAGGAAGGACUGUGCAGAUGGCUCGGAUGAGCAAAUUGCCAACUGCGCGAAGCUCCCAUGCACCUAUGAGCAUGAGAUCCGAUGCAAGGACGGCAGCAGCUGCAUAAACCCAUCCGAUCAGUGCAACGGCCGUUAUGAUUGUCGAGACAGGUCUGAUGAGAAAUCGAGCUUGUGCAAGACUUUUGACUGCAGCAGCACCGGCACGGUGAAGUGUCCGAGCGGGGUGGGAUGCAUGGACUCGAGAGAGAAGCUUUGCGAUGGAAAACGAGACUGCCUGGAUGCCAGUGAUGAGACACGCGCUGCUUGUGCAAGCAUUACCGGGUGCAAUGCUGAACAAGUGCUGUGCAAAUCUCCCCGGAAAUGCAGGCCAGGUGUUUACUGCGAUGGCAUAUAUGACUGUAGAGAUGGGGCUGAUGAGGACCCCAGCUUCUGCAAGAACUACACGUGCCCGAGUGAAACGUGGCGCUGCAAGAACGACAUUCAAUGCAUCGGAACUCCGUUGGUGUGCGAUGGGAAGAACCAUUGCAAGGACGGUUCAGAUGAGGAGGCCAGUUUCUGCCAGUCUUACAACUGCACAUCGCUUGAAGGAACAGGCUCGUCCCGCUUCAAGUGCCCAACGAAUGACAAGAAGUGUGUGAGUGGAGCACUUUGUGAUGGAUACCACGUGGACUGUGCUGAUGGUAGUGACGAGAGUGCCACCUUCUGCCAGACGUACAACUGCCGUGCGGAUCAGUGGAAGUGUACAAAGACUCCGCAGUGCAUCGAUGUUGAAAGUGUGUGUGGUGGAAAUGCGGACUGCAAAGAUGGCACUGAUGAGGGUGCGGAAGUUUGUAAGACUUGGGAAUGUGCUCAGGGCUACUGGAAGUGCAAGGAUGCGAGCAAGUGCAUCUCUGCAUACAAUUUCCUCUGUGAUGGGUCUUCUCAAUGUGACGAUGGCUCUGAUGAGAAUCGUAGGUUUGGAUCGUCAGAUGGAAGGAGAAAGGAAAAAGGGAGCGUAUUGCAGACUUGUGGAGGGGAACAUGGAGGAGGCGGCGAUCGGUUGGCGAUGGUCGCGCGAUAUGCGAUGGGUUGCCUUCUAUGCCUUGUGGUGGUGAUGAGCGAUCUCGAUAUCGCGUCAAAGGCGCGUAUGACUGCAAUUGCUCAGGCUUCGCCGCGAACUGGCACGCGGGUGUGCAUUCGAGGAGAAGUGGAAUGCAAGUCCGGGAGACGAAGGUGCAUCCCGGAGUUCAGUUUUUGCGAUGGAAAGAAAGACUGUGUUGUACAGCGCGGUUCAGCUGCUCUGCUUGCCCAUUUGCCUCUGGGUGGUUCCCCGGGGUCAUCUGCAGCUGUGUCCCCUGUUCUGCAGCCGUGGCCUUCCAUAGUUCACCGCUCCCCGAAGUACGAGCAGAUCUCGGCCAAUGCCAUUCGCCUCAAUCACCAGCUUUACGGGUCUUUGGAUUGUCCGUCAUUUGCAGGCGACGAUGGCUCAGAUGAAGGAGAUCACUGUGUGGAGUUCGACUGCGGGCCUCGCCGAGGAAAAUGUCCCAACAAACAUGGUCAGCACCGCCAGAUUAUGACCCUCGCGAUCUUUACCAUCCAUUUGAAUGGUACCUGUGCAAUGGAGUCGUCGACUGCUAUGUUCUGCGAUGGCAUCCCGGACUGCAAAGAUGGAAGUGACGAGGCUGGGUGGUAUUGCAAAAACCGUCUCUGCUCCGCUCGGGACGGAGGCGAAGAGUUUGCAAGGAAGGGCUACUUCCGCUGCGAUGGAGGGCGAUGUGUGCGCAACGAAGCCUUUUGCAAUGGAACAAGGGAGUGCCGAGAUGGCUCGGACGAAAAGAAUUGCCAAUCCAAACCUUGUCCGGAGGGGUUCAGGAAGUGCAAGGACGGUCGGAUUUGCCGUGCUGCAGACCUAUUCUGCGACGGCAAGCGCGACUGCUCGGAUGGAUCUGACGAAAGCCUCCAAAAAUGUGGCUGUGGAGACUUGAAGCAGCGGCUCUGUGCUGACAAUAAGACCUGUGUUGCCAGAACGAAGUUCUGCGAUGGGAGGCAGGAUUGCCCUGACGGCUCCGAUGAAACUUCCGAAUUUGCUGGCUGCCUGUAUGAGAAGGCAUGCAAUGCCAGCAACGACCAGUACCAGUGCCCAACGGGACCAUUGUCGUUCUCGUGUCUUUCCAGAUCCUAUUUUUGCAAUGGCAGGAAGGACUGUGCAGAUGGCUCGGAUGAGGAAAUCUCCAACUGCGGGAAGCUCCCAUGCGCCUACGAGCAUGAAAUCCGAUGCAAGGACGGCAGCAGCUGCAUAAACCCAUUCGAUCAGUGCAACGGCCGUUAUGAUUGUCGAGACAGGUCUGAUGAGAAAUCGAGCUUGUGCAAGACUUUUGACUGCAGUAGCACUGGAAGGGUGAAGUGUCCGAGCGGGGUGGGAUGCAUGGACUCGAGAGAGCUUUGUGAUGGAAAACGAGACUGCCUGGAUGCCAGUGAUGAGACACGCGCUGCUUGUGCAAGCAUUACCGGGUGCAAUGCUGAACAAGUGCUGUGCAAAUCUCCCCGGAAAUGCAGGCCAGGUGUUUACUGCGAUGGCAUAUAUGACUGUAGAGAUGGCACUGAUGAGGACCCCAGCUUCUGCAAGAACUACACGUGCCCGGGUGAAACGUGGCGCUGCAAGAACGACAUUCAAUGCAUCAGAACUGAGUUGGUGUGCGAUGGGGAGAACCAUUGCAAGGACGGUUCAGAUGAGGAGGCUAGUUUCUGCCAGUCUUACAACUGCACAUCGCUUGAAGGAAUAGUCUUUUCCCACUUCAAGUGCCCAACGAAUGACAAGAAGUGUAUCAGUGGAGCACUGUGUAAUGGAGUUGUUGACUGUGCAGAUGGUAGUGACGAGAGUGCCACCUUCUGCCAGACGUACAACUGCCCUGCGGGUCAGUGGAAGUGUACAAAGACUCCGCAGUGCAUCGAUGUUGAAAGUGUGUGUCGUGGAAUUGAGGACUGCAAAGAUGGGACUGAUGAGGGUGCGGAAGUUUGUAAGACUUGGGAAUGUGCUCGGGGCUACUGGAAGUGCAAGGAUGGGAGCAAGUGCAUCGAUGUUGAAAGUGUGUGUGAUGGAAGUGCGAACUGCGAAGAUGGCACUGAUGAGGGUGCAGAAGUUUGUAAGACUUGGGAAUGUGCUCAGGGCUACUGGAAGUGCAAGGAUGCGAGCAAGUGCAUCUAUGCCCGCAAUUUCCUCUGUGAUGGGUCUUCCGAUUGUGACGAUGGUUCUGAUGAGUCUGUUGAAGUCUGCUCGACUAUCAGAUGUGAGGACAUCGGCAGAGUCAGAUGCCCUGACAAUCCGAACAGAUGCUGUGUAUAAGUGAGAGGCAGAGAUGACAGGAGACACGUGUGUGUGUGUGUGUGG